AUGGAUAAAGUGAUAGCGGUCAUCAGAUGUCCACCGCAAUACGGCCAGAAUUUACCCACGGGAUCAAUGACUGUUUUGAUGGUUCGUGAAUCGGCGGCUGUUAGAUCUCCAUUGUCGACUGUAACAGAGGCAGCAACGACAGCACAAAGUGAUUCCUCCCAGGAAAGUUUAUCCAGUUCUUUGGGUGAAUUGAAUUCAACCCACAGAAGUUCAGUGAUAGUAAGUGAACCAAAGCCACAAAAAAAAUCAUGCUUCGGUCGUGUGUGUCCGUGGUGCGUAAAAAAACCAAAAGAAAAUUCUUCCCGAAAAUCUUCCCGCUCAAAAUCACCUCACAGUUCAAGAAAAUCUUCCCGAAUCAGCAUUUCUAGUCAGCUCAUAUCCCCAGAAGUUUGCGGCAGCAACAGAAAACUAUCUGCCGCCGAAAUAAGAAGCAUAUCUCGACACUCAGAUUCCCUUGACUCAAAAAAUUCCUUACCCAAGAAAAGACCAUCGCGAGACAGAAUUUCUGAGCGUAAAUUGAGCAAAGAGCACCGAGGAUCAAGCGUCUCUUCAAACAAACAUUCCAGUAAACGGCACUCGAGAUUGUCCGGAGAACAAAGACUUAGUUCUGUAAAUGAUGCAGAAAAUUCCUUGCUCUCGAGUGUGUCCGAGAAAACUAAUACCAUUCCCCUCGAUGACCCAGGAAAUGAUCUCAAGUCUCCACGGCCGUCUCUCGAGAAGCAACUUAAUUCAUCUGCAAAAUUAUCAGAUACCAGUGUCAAGUCAUCAUCAAAGCAAUCUCGCAAAGCGUCCCGCGAAACAGGUAAACAGCCACAGUCAAGAAGAAAAUCUUCCGACGCUCGGAAAGACUCAAAGCCAGAUUCAAAGAACUCCAGGAAUUCAGAUUCUAGCAAACAAUCAACAAGUUCUCGCAAAAAAGGCUGGAGUUUAUUGCGUACCCUGGGAGCCAAGAGCAUUUCUGAUGACAAUCAGCAACCCAGCGUUGAAAACGAAGGCGCUUUGGCUGCUGGGGAAACUGAUGACCCCAAGAGUUCAGAAGAUGGCAAAACUGACAAGAGACACUCAAGACUAUCGACUUCUUCAAGGAGAUCUGGGUCUGCACGACAGUCUAAGGACAUCAUGGACCAAACUACUGUGCGACUCAGUGAUUUAUCAAGCAUCGAAAGGCACUCGGACAUCAUGGACCAGACGACUCUGCCCCUCAGUGACUCAGGAAAUAAGGAACUCAGAUCCAGUUCCAGGACCUCUGCAGACUUGGAGCAACCCUCGACUUCCAAGCUGGAAGACAACCGAAAACCAAAAGACAGCUCGUGCUCAACCAGGUGCUCCGACUCCAGAAAAAAGUCCAGCGACUCGGGAACCAGGAAAAAGUGCCAGCGUCAGAGGCGAGUCUAUUGUUUCUUGGCUGAAGAUUUCGUCCAAGGAUUUUUUUAG